GUCGCACCUGUCAGCACAAAUCCGAGUUAUCGCUGCGCUAUCGGAUUUGGUUCCGUAGUAUAUUCAAUUCCUAAACGGAGACUAAAAAUAAUAUCCUCAGGUUAUAAAUAUUAGAUUCAUAAGAUUACACUAGUCUAGUAAGCUCAUAUUCAAAAAAAAAAUAUGUUCACUAACUUGUUAGUGACGCGGAUCAGACAUCUAUUAGUAACCAUCGGUGCCCUGCUGAAGCGUGUACUAUGCUGUUGUUCCCGGCGCCGGAAAGCGUCGACCAGCGAAUGUGAGGCACUUAGUUCCGUGGACGUCGUUAGAGACGUGAAUAGUCAUAAAUAUAAGAACAUAGUUGAAAAAGACUGGAACUCCUGGGACGAUUCGCCAGCUACGGUUGAGGAACACAUCGAGCGUUAUCGGGAGCAAUUGGCAGCGCCACCCGCUCCCAGAGAACCGGCCCCGGAGGAGCAAAUUGACUUUUUCCAGGACAUGGCACCACAGAUCGUAACCCAACAAAAGAUUUGCAUUGCCGGGGAAGAUGAAUCGGGCGGUCGGCCAGAAUUCAGCAGACUGACGGCACAGAUCGACAUUCCGGUGGUAGAUGGGCUGGCGGAUUGGGACGAAGAAGGAGCACAAGCCGGCUGGGAUGACGCUGACGAAGGUACCACCAAACAGUUGAUAAGGGAAACCAAGAAGGAACUUCGUCAACAGCAGCGGCAACAGCACCAAAGGAGCCACUACAAAUAGAAUAACGGCCACCAUAUUUCGGAUAUUUUCGAUUGCAAAAUAACAAAAUAUAAAAAUGCCUUGUUGAUUGAC